UAUGAAUGACAUCAAAUGCCAAAAAAGAAUUUAAAAGAAAAAAAAUUGGGAGGGAUUCUCACAGCAGAGCCGAUCCAGUCUCCAAUGGCGCAAAACUCUGCAGCGAAAUGGGAAGGCAGAGUUGCAGAGGCGUUAACCGUGGCGGCAGCGGACCAGACAUGGCCGAUGAUUAAGGAUUUCUUCAAUUUCCACAAAUGGUUUCCAACACUAGCUAAUUGCUACGGACUUUCAGGCAUUAACGGCGAGGUCGGCUGCGUUCGAUUCUGCUCCGGCUUCUCGAUUCCCUCCACUGACGGCUCCGACCGCGUAGUUAGCUGGUCCAAAGAACGGCUGGUGGAGAUUGACGACGAGCGCCGCCGCAUAUGCUACGAGAUCGUGGAUAGCAACAUCGGAUUCAAAUCGUACGCGGCGACGAUCGAGGUGGCUGAGGGAGGCGGCAGCAGCAGUUGCGUGAUUGAAUGGAGGUUCGAGGUUGAGGCGGUGGAAGGUUUGACGGUGGAUGAUUUGGUGAAGAAGUACCAAGUGGGAUUGAGCUCCAUGGCCAAGCGAAUGGAUGCUGCCGUACAAAAUAAAAUUUAAGGCCGGUUUUUUUUUUUUUUUUUAAAUGAAAAUUAACCUCUAAAUUUCUUUGUUCUGCUUUGUUGGGUACGCGUGACAUUUUUAAAAAUAAAGUCACAUUUGUGGAA